CGAAGUUUGAUUCUCCGCGGACAGAUGUGUUUUAUCCCUUUUGUGUUGCCGAUGGAGGUGAAUUUGUUUUGGCACCCGUAAUCAUUCGUGCGAGUCCAUGGGAGCAGGAGGAGGAGGAUGAAAUGUCACCCCAAAAUGAAGAUGAAUCAUCACCAUCAGCCUGUGUAGCAACUUACCAUAUGAAAUGUCAUUCUCAACCAUACACAACUGUUGCUCCUUCUGUUCACGGUUUGAUUUGCUAUGGACAUCCGUCUAAACUCAUGGUGUACAACCCUAGCACUAGACGAUCCAUUACUCUUCCCAAGAUUGAUUCUCAAAGGAUUAAUAUGUACCACUUCCUAGGUUAUGAUCCCAUCCAUGGUGAUUACAAAGUUUUGUGUAUGACAGUUGGAAUCCAUGUUUAUAAGGGACGUGGUAUGGCUGAAGAGCUUCGGGUUUUGACUUUGGGAAAUGGGAAUUCUUGGAGGUUGAUUGAAGAUUUUCCUCCUCAUUUUCUUGAGUAUCAUUAUUCUCCUGAUAUAUGUAUCAAUGGACCAGACCGUGACUUGCGUCCAAAGCUGAAAAGCUUCAACGGAAAGCUUGUAGUCCUGUUCUCUACUAAUGGUGGAUUUGAGUUGUGGGUUCUAGAGGAUUCUGCGAAACAUGAAUGGGCAAAGAAGUUAUUUGUUUCGGAUAUAGAUUGCUGGAGAAAUGGUUGUAUGUUUCAAGUCUUUUGUCUCACUGAUGAAGGUGAGUUUAUUUUCGCACCAAGAGAACUCGGUAAACCACCAUUUUCCCUUCUCUAUUAUGAUCCGCAGGAAAAUACUGAGGGAACAGUCCACAUAGAAGGCAUCACAGAACUGAAGCUUCCACUUUGGGAUAACGAUUCAGAUCGUCGUUUAAUCUCUAUCUUUUCUGGUCAAGUUGAGAACCUCAUGUGUCUCUAACGAGUGAUCGCUCAUUAGUCUAGAGGACAAUGACCUUAUGGGUUUCAUGAUCAUCUCCACUUAAAUGUUUUGUUCUCUGGUUGUAGUUGAGUUUUAUCUAGUUUACUUGGAAGGGUUUCAUGAUCUUUUUGUCUUUAUUGGUGACAGUUUCUCUGUUUUGAACUUAUUCGUUACCCUAUUCAUCUUUUAUAAAUAUAGAGGUCUACU